AUGAUCAAUAUCCUGGAUGGCAGUAUAUCAACCGCACCUUUAACACCGAUGACGCGCCGUCCGAAAUGUCAUAUCAAACUCACCUCCAACACCGAAGCUGGCCGUACACAUGCAGAUAAACUUACACUAACACCAAUUGACUUAAAGCCUUCAAUGACGAUAUUUCGCCCCAUCCGUUCAAAGCCGGCCAGAGAUCCAAAUGCUCCUCGUGGCCGUGUAUACACAUUCACUGGGCUAGACGAUUUGCCAACACGCGACCAAACGCAAAGCGCGCCUUUUCUUAUAAGUUCAAUACCUACUGCGCCCGCCCUGGUUUGCAGAGGCGAGGAUCAAUGCUUCAAAUGCACUGGAUUUGGGCAUUGGCGAGCCGGAUGCAACCGAAGAACACCAAAGGGUGCCGAAGAUCUUAAAAAUUGGUGUCUUGUUGAAGUUCGCCCUGGCAUAAGCAAGGCCUACUUCUUAGGUACUCUCUGGCCGAGUUUGAUGACACCUGAGAAGGUUGUGCAAGCCACCGUCACCCACUUGGCUACAUCAUCUUCCAGCGUCUUGCACCCGUCGCCUAUCGCUGUAACCCCCUCGAUUUCUAAAGGCGAAUUGUCCUCUAAGCGAAAGCUAGAGCUUGAAAGUGCUUUGGUUAUUAGGGAAGCACUUUGGCGCCCCAAGUCCUGCUCAGACUUGAAGGAUGAGACGCUUUUGUGA